AUGGCAAUAGGGUUGAAAAUGUCACAUAAGAUUGUUGAUGGCACCACAUGUGGCUCCUUCAUCAGUUGCUGGGCAAAAACAGCCCUUGAUGAUGGUGACAAUGAUCAGGUACCCUCCGUGAUCCCAAAAUUUGAUGCUGCGUCUUAUUUUCCACCACUAGAUUUCUCAAACUCAUCACAGCUAUCAUCAGCCAAGCUGGUGGGCAUCAGUAAACACAAGUACAUAACAAAGAGAUUUGUGUUUGAUGCCUCAAAAAUUGCCACCCUCCAAUCAUAUUUGGCCAGCCCUUCACCAGCUCAUGCGCCGACACGUGUCCUUGCAGUUUUAGCACUCAUUUGGAAAUGUGCAAUGGAAGCAUCAUCCAAAUCAUCAAACAUAGCACUGGGGUCAAGACCGUCUUCAUUAAGACUAACUAUGGACUUGCGUAGAAGGUUUGAGCCACCCUUGCCACAAAACUUGGCUGGGAACGUUGUUAGUAAUUUAAUAGUCAUCGCUACAGCAUCGUUAAUAAAAGGUCAAGAAGAGAGUGAUGAUGAGACGAUAGAUCUAAAAGACUUGGUUGCCAAACUCAGGAAAGGGUUUGAGCAACAGAAAGAAACUUAUUCUACAAAACAACCAUUUGAUUCUAAUAAGGCAUGGCAAAGAGUUCAAGAAUAUAGAAAGUUGAGAAGGAAUGUUGACAUGGACCAUUUAAGCUGUGCAAGUUGGUGCAGGUUUGCUUUUUAUGAAGCUGAUUUCGGAUGGGGAAAACCGGCAUGGGUGAGCAUUCCUAGUAUUCCACUUAAGGAUGUGGUUAUUUUGAUUGAUAAAAGAGAUGGCAAGGGAAUAGAAGCAUUAUUGACUGUGAGUGAAGAAAUCAUGGAGCAUUUUGAAAGCAACCCGGAGCUACUUAAAUAUGCUUCCGUAAAUCCAAGGGUCAUGUAG